CUCCCAUUUAACCAAAUAUAGACUGGAUUUAGAUUUCCUUUCGUCAGGGGGUGUCACCUCAUCUACCAUAUAUAUAGUUUGUUUUUCUUUAAUAGCAUCAUUACUUCUGUAACCUCAGAGCACCUACCACAAUACAUAUCCUCAUCUCAACAUCUGCUGCAAUGGGAGGAUCACCAUCAUGCGAACCGCCGAGACCAGAGCCACUUCUCCCUAAUCCAUGGCGUGAAGUUGAAUUCAGUGAUGAUGCUUACAUGAAACUUCAAGAAGAAAUAAAAAACCACCAACCACACCCUAAGGCUUCCACAACAAAUAUUCUUAUUUCGGGCAAUGUGGGUUCCGGAAAGUCAAGCUUUCUAAAUUCUGUGCUCUCAGAACUCAGGAGAGAAGAACUCAACGGCAGAGUGCAAAACAUUCAAGCCGUGAGACCAGGUGCACAAACAAGCGUCACACAACAUCUAAAAUGCCACACAUUCAAUGACAAGAUGAAAAUCUUUGAUACAGCAGGAUUUGAAUUGGAGAAAACAGUAAAUGCCACGAUAAUAUUAAAGAAGAUCAUAGAUGGUGAAGUGGCUGAAGACACAAAGUUUGACGAUAUUCUGAAAUCAAAAAUGGAAGGAGACAAAAUCCACUGUGUUGUGUUGGUUCUAUCACUUCAUACCGCUGAAAAUAUGCACCCAGCAUUGAUUCAGUUUUAUGAACAAUUCAUUGGAAUGCUCACAGAGACUGGAGUACCAUGCCAGCUGCUUGUUACAUUCAUUGAUAAACUUGUUGAGAAAACUGAGGAUUUGAAAAGUCUGUACAGGAGAAGAGAUAUGAAACAAAAGAUUGAAAACAUAGCAAAGAACAUGAGAAUUUCAGUGAGCAACGUCCUUGUGGUUUCAAACUACUUUGAGGAGAUGAAAAUUAACCAAAUAAAAGGAACACUGCUGUUGGAGGCAGUUGGUCAAAUGCUGAUGGCUGCAAAACCCUUUCAAGAGAGAAUGUAGAGUAUCACAUAUCACACCUGAAGCACGCUGAGCCCAUUCACAAGUUUAAUUGAUUUCCAGUUGGAGAAGGCUGUGGUCCCAGAUACAAAAAGUAACACCCAAACAGCUCUAUCACAGAUUUACCUUUUGUAUUUAUGAUUUUUUGUAUUAUGAAUCCUCUACUUGUAUAUUCUUUGUUAAAUCUAUAUAAAUAAAUUUAGAAUCAGACAUUUUUUCACCAUUUUUUUUCCCAAUUUGGAAUUGGCACUUCUUAUUAUUCAAACCCUACACUGACUGGGAGCGAUGAAGACAGGCGGUGGCAUAGCCCGUAUUCAAAGCAGGUUAUAGGGCACUACUGCUGUCAGCU